AUAGAUUUGAGAUUCUUUAUGUAUUUUUAGGGGGUUGGAGAGGACCCCAUCUGAGAAUGCAGCCUCCCUAUCUGUCUGAUAUACAGUAGCAGCGAGCCUCUUUCAACAAACACACACACACACACCAUUCCUGGAUGAAUUCACCACCUAAUUUUAUCUGUACUCCCUUCUCUCUGGCAGCUCAUCCACACUUACAGCAACCUUGUCUUUCACUUCUCUAAACAACAAUAGGUGCAAAAACACCUUUCAAAGGAAAAUAACAUACAUUUAAACAAGGAAACUGCAAUGUGGUAAAAUAAAAUAUGGAAAAUGUGAUUUUUCUGUCAAGUAUUUACAUGAACAUUAUUAGAGGAAAGUUAGGCUAUAUUUAGUACAAUUACUACCAAAGACAGUCAUAGUGGCUUCUCUGGAGCGAGAAAAACAGAGAUAUAGAAAGAGAGGGAGAGGUAGAGACUUGCCAGAGAGCGAGUGAGACAAGAGACAGGGAAAGAGGGGGAGAAGGGGAGAGAGCGGGGGAGAAGGAGCACAUCAGCGCGGCAGCAGCAUCAGGGGCAUAUUCAUUAGUCCAAACAAAAACUAGAGUUCAUAUUGGAAAAAUGCAGAUGGCGUGCCAGGGCCUUGCGAGCGGCGAGACUCUGAAGUCGCUGAAGGCGGAGAGCGAGACGCUGAGGAAGAAGCUCGAGGAGGAGCGGAAGAAGCUGCACGAUGUGGAGUUGGAGAAGGUAGCUGAGAAGGCAGAAGCUCUUGGUGAGUUAAACAUGAAGACUCGGAGGACACUGAAGGGCCAUGGCAACAAGGUGCUCUGUAUGGACUGGUGCAAAGACAAACGACGCAUUGUCAGCUCCUCACAGGAUGGGAAGGUCAUCGUAUGGGAUGCUUUCACCACCAAUAAGGAACAUGCAGUGACCAUGCCGACUACGUGGGUGAUGGCGUGUGCCUACGCCCCCUCUGGCUGUGCCAUCGCCUGUGGGGGAUUGGAUAAUAAGUGCUCAGUGUACCCUCUCUCAUUGGACAAGGACGAGAACUUGGCGGCCAAGAAGAAGUCGGUUGCCAUGCACACCAACUACCUGUCCGGCUGCACCUUCACCAACUCUGACAUGCAAAUCUUGACAUCCAGUGGGGACGGUACCAGUGCGCUGUGGGACGUGGAGAGUGGUCAGCUGCUGCAGAGUUUCCACGGUCACUCUGCUGAUGUCCUCACUCUGGACCUCGCCCCCUCUGAGACUGGAAACACCUUCGUCUCCGGGGGUUCUGAUAAGAAGGCUAACGUUUGGGACUUGCGCUCAGGGCAGAACGUCCAGUCGUUUGAUACCCACGACUCUGACAUCAACUGUGUCAAGUACUACCCCAGUGGCGAUGCUUUUGCCUCUGCUUCUGACGACUCUACCUGCCGUCUGUUUGAUCUCAGGGCUGAUCGGGAGGUGUCCAUCUACUCCAAAGACAGCAUAAUGUUUGGAGCCGCCAGUGUCGACUUCUCUCUUAGUGGUCGUCUGUUGUUUGCUGGCUAUAAUGACUACACCAUCAAUGUGUGGGACGUCCUGAAGGGGACCAGAGUAGCCAUCCUGUUUGGUCAUGAGAACAGAGUCAGCUCACUCAGAGUCUCUCCUGAUGGAACUGCUUUCUGCUCUGGGUCCUGGGACAACACUCUACGGAUCUGGGCCUAGAGCUGCUGAUGUCAUCAGAGCGAGACUGAACCCCUGGAAGUCAGGGGUCAGAGGUUAAGGGUCAGGACCAGAGUCAUGUGACCAGUCGACCCAGAGUGCCCAUGGAGCACACCCUGCCGCAGAAAGAGUCUGCCCAUAGAAACUAUAUUCAGUUACACACAAUAAUAAA